AAACAAGCUGGAGUUUCCUCAUUAUCAGCACUUAUAUAUAUAGAUUAUAGAGCUUCGUGUUUAUUACAAUAAAGAAAGAAAUUCAGCAACAACAAUGGGUUCUCUUAUGGCAGGAUGGAACUCUCCAACCUUAGAUCCUGAAUCAGCUUCAAUUGAGAGGAAUCGAUCACUCACAAAAGAACAAAUUGAUGCUUACUGGAAAACAAAAGAGAAGACCGAGUCAGAACACAUUCGGGCUAUUUCUGAAUUAUCUGGAACUAUUCAGACCCACAAAUUCGAUGAUUCAGAGAAUUCUGGUAUGUCAAGUACCGUGGCCUUGAACCGCAUAAAGAAGCCCUUGAACAUGGAUGUUGAUGAGAAAAGUUUGAAGAAGUUUGUGAAGAAAAAUUGCUGGUAUAUUAUGUUACCUGUGGUGGACCAAGAGCAGCUCGGCAUUUCUGAAUGAACCGCCAGUGAUUGAAGCUUCUUCCAACAACUAUGCUUCACAGUUUCACGUAGCUAACGUGAGAUCAACAAAAUUUAAAACCGGAAAUGAAAUUAGUGCUUCAUGAUCUUGCUUCAGUUAUGAUGUACAUAUAGUUGGUGUCUACACAUGUGUAUCUGUUUUGUCACACUUAUAAUUUUCCAUAAGAACUGUGUUUUGGUUUAUCUGAAAGAGAAUAUUUAAAUGGUUUCACUUUCUGGUUAAGUGUGUUUGA